GCUUCAGGUUUGAUGACUGAUUUAUACUGUACCCAGUAAUUUUUUCUAGUGUUAAAGGUUCAAUUAAAGUUUUAGAAUCAGGAUUUUCCCAUGUGUUUUAAGGUUAAUUAGCAUGGUGCCUCCUUUAGAGGUACCUUUUGUCAGUGGUGGCUUGUUACAUGUCUAGAGAGAAAGGAGGGAGAUAGAAAUGACAAGUGUUUUUCAAAGGGCAAACCUAACUUCCAGUUUUGGAGCAUUUUCCCAUCAAACUCUUAACAUACUUACUGGUCUUUUAUUCUAGUCCUUUUCCUUGGAAAGUGGAGAAGAGACCAUUUUUCCAGCUGUUACUCCUACACAGAUGGAGAGAACAACCUGGGACCCUCAGCCUGUUGAGUUCCAGGGGCAUCAAGUGCAGGGAUCUGCGACCAGUGCUGUGAUGGUCCGAGGGCACUGCCUGCCGCUGGAGUGUAGCCAGCUCCCUGGUCACCCCGAGCACAACAGCUCCACGGCCGACACCUGUGCUUGGGCAACCAAGCUGCCUCGCACUCGUGUGCAAGUUGACUACUUGCAGGUGCCCCCGCCAGCACAGGAGGGCUCAGCACCAAGCCCCGCCUCCGCUCUCUCUCUGCGCUCACAAGAUGAGGCCUUCCUGCUAGAAGUCCCCGAGGGGGCCCUGCAAGCAAGACCUUCACCAGGGAUGGGAAGAUUCAGUUCCCUGGAGGACCAGCACCUUCCAAGGCUUCCUUUAGUCAGUGGAGCCCUCGCUGCCCUCGCUACUGUGCCCCCAGCUGCUGGGCCACCUGACCGUGACCCUGGGGCCUGUGCCGCCCGGGGCUGGCAGCCGCCUCCUGGAUCUCCCCCGUUCAGCCUGUGUGAGGAGCCAGCCGUCCUUCCUCCCAGCUCCGGGCCCGAGGACCAGAGUGAAACCCUUUUGUGUCAGGUGUCCAUGGAAGCGCCCCCAGGGGGUGUCUCACUUCUCCAUCGAAUGUCUGCUCACAGCAGGUGGCUGAAAUACCAAAGCACGCCCCCGUGUGCCUUGCCGACUCCAAGCCCAGCGGAGGCGAGUGGCACGGAUGGCUGCCCUGCCACGGCCAUGGGGAUGUGUCUUGGUGACGCAGGUGAGAGACGCAGCGAUGCCGGGGCCGGCUCCUCGGGCCCCACGCCUCUGCAGAGGGUGAGGGGCGAGCUCCGGCAGCGGCAGCAGCAGGGCGCGGGUGCCCGGGACCUUGUUUGCCGCAGGAAAGCGCUGUCUGUGCGGCUGCAGUCUGCAUCCAAGGCCGAGGACGUUCGGGAUGUGUGGGAAGAGUCUGCCUGUGCCACCGGCUCACAGGAGAUAAACGUCUCUGAGCUGUGCUUCCCCAGUGGGCGGGAGAUGUGGUCUGCUCUCCUUCCCCGAAGGCGGACCCGCGUGCCCGCCUCCUUCCGGUCUCCCGCGCACUACAAGCAGGUCUUCACCGCCUGUCUCGUGGAACAUCUGAACAUACUGCUGUGCGGGUUGGCACAGAGGCUGCACAAAGCUCUUUCUGCAGUCGACAUAUCAUUUUACACGUCGUCACACGGAGAGGGAGGGAGCACUGUGGGAAACAGUGUGCCGUCCUGCCGCCAUCAGCGGCCCGCGAAGCUCGUCAUGGUGAAGAAGGAGGGUCCCAACAAGGGUCGUCUCUUUUAUACCUGUGAUGCACCCAGAGCUGACAGGUGUAACUUUUUUAAGUGGUUUGAAGAAGCGACCCCAGGACACAUCACACAGGAGGACUCUGCACCCGCCCUGGUGCUCAGUGACGUGAAGAGCAUUGGCUUGUACCUCCGGAGCCAGAGCAUCGCCCUCUACGAGGAGUGCCAGCUUUCUGUGAGAAAAGGAUUUGAUUUUCAAAGAAAACAGUGUGGCAAACUAAAGAAGUUUAUGACCGUAAAUCCUGACUUGUAUAAUGAACCUAAAAGCAAACUGUAUCUCAAGCUGAGUCGGAAGGAAAGUUCUUCAACUUAUAGCAAAGACGAUCUGUGGGUGGUCUCCAAAACCUUGGACUUCCAGCUGGACACGUUCAUUGCCUGCAGCGCUUUCUUCGGACCCUCGUCCGCCAAUGAGGUGGAGCUGCUUCCUCUGAAAGGCUACUUCCCCUCCCGGUGGCCCACAGACACAGUCGUCCAUGCGCUGUGGGUCUGCAACGCCAGCACCGAGCUGACCACCCUGAGAAACAUGCGGGAGCACUUCAACCCCUCGACCCUGCCUCUGACACAGCACCUGUUGGCCAUGCCUUCGUCAACCACAGUUAGCAGUAAGAGAGUGGAUAAAAGAACAUUUGUCCCACCAGCCUUCUCCAACACCAAGACAAACUGUGAGCUGCCCAGCCCAGGAGCAGCCCUGCAGCUAGCCAGGGAGUUCAUCCAGGCACACCAGUUGAACGAGGACCAAGCUUCAGCUCUCACCCAGAUAGCAGGCAUGGUGGCAUCGCGCGGGCCUGCCGAGGAAGGGAAGGGGCUGCCCGCCAGCACCCUGCCCAUCACCAUCAUCCACGGAGUUUUUGGAGCAGGAAAGAGCUACUUGCUGGCAGUGGUGAUUCUGUUUUUGGUGCAGCUGUUUGAAAAGAGUGACGCUCCCACCGUGGGAAGUGCACAGCCGUGGAAAGUGCUGAUUUCUUCUUCCACUAACGUAGCUGUGGACAGAGUGCUCCUCGGGCUUCUCAGUCUCGGAUUUGAAAAGUUUGUCAGAGUGGGGUGUGUUAGGAAGAUAGCCAAGCCGGUCCUACCUUACAGCUUGCAUGCUGGCUCAGAAAAUGCCAGUGAGCAAUUGAAGGAACUUCACGCACUGAUGAAAGAAGACCUGACCCCCAUGGAAAGAGUCUAUGUGAGAAGAAGCAUCGAGCAGCAUAAACUGGGGACCAACAGGACCCUCUUGGGGCAGGUCCGCGUGGUGGGCGCCACCUGCGCAGCCUGCCUGUUCCCCUGCAUGGCCGGCCUGCGGUUCCCCGUGGUGGUGCUGGAUGAGAGCAGCCAGAUGACAGAGCCUGCCUCCCUCCUCCCCAUCGCCAGGUUUGAGUGUGAAAAGCUGGUUCUCGUUGGGGAUCCCAAGCAGCUUCCCCCCACUAUCCAGGGAUCGGACGCGGCUCAUGAAAACGGGUUGGAGCAAACUCUGUUUGAUCGACUCUGCUUAAUGGGCCACAAGCCGGUCCUGCUGAGAACCCAGUACCGCUGCCACCCGGCCAUCGCUGCUGUGGCUAACGACCUGUUCUACGGCGGUGGCCUCAGGAACGGCGUCUCGCCGGCCGAGAGGGGCCCGCUGCUCGCCUGGCUGCCCACGCUGUGCUUCUACAACGUCCCGGGGCAGGAGCAGAUGGAAGGAGGUAACAGCUUUCACAAUGAGGCGGAAGCCGCUUUCACCCUGAUGCUGAUUCGCGCUCUGGUUGCAGGCGGAGUCCCAGGCACCAUGAUCGGGGUGAUAACGCUGUACAAGUCCCAGCUGGGCAAGCUGUGCCAGCUGCUCGGGGCCGUGGACCUGGACCGCCCACACCUCGCGACCGUGCAGGUGUCCACCGUGGACGCCUUCCAGGGGGCCGAGAAGGAGGUGGUCGUGCUGUCCUGCGUGCGCACCAGGCAGGUGGGCUUCAUCGACUCAGAGCAGCGCGUGAACGUGGCCCUGACCCGAGGGAGGCGGCACCUGCUGAUCGUGGGACACCUGGCCUGCCUGCGGAGGAACCGGCUGUGGGGCCGCGCGAUCCAGCACUGCCAAGGGAGAGAGGACGGACUGCAGCAGGCCAGCCAGUGUGAGCCGCAGCUGAUGCGGCUCCUGGAGGAGCACGCCGCCGAGAAGCUCGCCGAAGAAAAGCAGAGGAAAGCCAGUGGGAGAGACAGACAUCAAGAUGCGUCUCGUUCGCAAACGAAUGGGCCUGGAAUAGGGCCUCUGUGUUAGGGGCACAGGCACCCUCACACUCACUGUUUCUAUUACCCCAGACCCAUUCUCAAAAAAGACUCGUGCUGUGUCAGUCACACCAGAUAAAUGCACAUAAACUCUCUGCAAGAGUCCACAUUACUUACACUGAGAUAAGCUGUUGAUGGUGACAUAAAAGCUUAUAAUAAAUAUUUUUUUCUAAAAAUUAAGAAUUUGCUUAAAAAGUAGGUUUUACACUAGGGGCAGGGUCAGCCUUUAUGGCUUUUCACUUGCUUCAAAAGUGAGCCAGUCUCUCAGCUCACCUGUGAGCGGGGCCCGGCUCUGCCGGCGCCUCCCGAGCCGUGGCUCCAUCAGCUUGGGCCCGUCGCCUGCCACAGUAGCAAGCAGGGCUCUCGCUGAGGCCCACCUGCCCCGAGGAGAAGCAUGGAGCUCACUGGUGGAGAGGCAGCGCCCAGGCCGGGCCGGGCGGCCCCUGGUGGACAGUGAUGGAAGAACUGCCUGCCUUGGGCCUUUUCCUAUGCGUUUAUUUGCCCAAUGCAAUAGUUAUUGGUGUAUAUAUUAAUAGUAUAUAAUCGAUUU